UCUUUUCUUCCGACUCAGCUACGUGACGUUUGUUUGCGUCUUGGCGCCGGUGUAAGGAUUGAGGCUACUGUUGACAACUUUGUGAAGACUUUGAUAUCGGAUCGGGAGAUGGCAGAAGCACGUGGAGGUGGCAGGCGGUCUCGGGAUAUGUCCUCGGCUACGUCUCAAGCCAGCUGCUCCUUUAAUGGCGAGAACUUGGCUGCAGAGGGCAAUGGUGAUGAGGCCAGCACCUCCUCCAUGUGGGAAGAUGAUUCAACAAACAGACGCAUGAUCAGACACCAGUACAGAGAGCUCAUUAACAAUGUGCAGCAGAAUCGAGAAGAUCUGCUGAGCCCCCACAAUAACAAACUCACUGAAGCUUUAGAGGAGGCAAAUAAACUGUUUACCAACGUUCGCCAGGCUCGGGAGGCUGCCUUGGAUGCCCAGUUUCUUGUUAUAGCUACAAAUCUGGGGAAGGAAAAGGCCAGCCAGCUGCAUUCAGACAUCACAGUGUUCGAUCCAGUAACUUUUGCAGAAUUUCUAUUGUCCUUCUUGGGCCUGAAUCGCCUGGAAGGUGAUGAUGAUGACGAUGAUGGGGCUGGGUUUCUUCCCAGGGAUGCUUGGCACAGACUGGGGAAAGAAGCUGAGCAAUGCUUCAAGAAGUCCCCUUCUUUCCAUUACAUGUUAGGCUCAUUUGAACCAGAUCCCCCUGCGCCUCGACAACGAAUUGAAAGACAGAGAAAAGCUCCUAACAAAGAAGAACGCAGGAUUAUGCCUACGCAGCUGAAGAAAAUGGAAGAAUCCUACCAAGAAGCCACAGAGAAAGAAGUAGAGAGAAUCCUAGGGUUUCUCCAGACCUAUUUUAAAGAAGACCCACGCAAUCCAAUAUCCUACUUUGAUUUUGUCAUUGAUCCGAAUUCCUUUGCACGUACUGUAGAAAACAUUUUCCAUGUGUCCUUUCUUGUUCGGGAUGGCCUUGCCAAGAUAGAAAUGGACCGGGACAAACUUCCAAUAAUCGUACCGACCGAUGUGAACGCAGAGCCGAGUGGGAACGCCCAGGGAAGAAACCAGUGUAUAGUGUCCAUAAGUCCAAAGGAAUGGCGGCAAAUUAUUGAAAUCUUUGAAAUCACGGAGCCCUUAAUCCUACCUCCUCCAACUGCUAAAGAUUGACAGCUUGGUUGUGGCUAUUUAAAGUUCUGUCUGUGAUGAGAUCUCUGUCAGCGUAAUGUGGCAGGGGAGAAGUUCCUGGGAAUUUGUGUAUAGGAAGUUAUUACAGUGGUUGCUAUUGUAAUGCACAACCCCCUAUAUCCAAACCUGAUGUUCUGGGGCCGGUAUUUCAAAACUUGUAAUUUGGAUCAAAGUGAUCAGGAUUUUGUAAUUUUACAUUUUGUGUUUGAGAUCACUUUUAUUUGGAUCGUUUUGAUCUGUUUUUUUCAGAAAUUGCAGACCCAGUUUUAUCAAGGUACUUUCACCUUAAUGCAAUUUGCAAUUUUUUUGGUGAAAUGUAAAAAUAUGACUGUUACAAAACUAGCUAAAUGCAAGGCCUUCUAUUUAGUAAAUCUGAAGGGUUUGUCAGUUUGUUUUGUUUGUUUUUGUACAGGAUUUGUAAGAUUAACUAAAACUAUUAAAAACGUCCAUUGACAAAUCUAUGAUAAUGACUGGUACGUAUUUGACAACAUGAUGUGGAAAUUAGUGUCUUUACUGAUGGUACUUCUGCAUUUGUGGCAGUAAAUCAUCAUACCAGGUUUUCCAGUUCCUUCGAAAUGAACUCCCAUAUAUUAUCUUUCAUCUUUGUAACUUUUGAUAAUUGUGUUUGUCUUUGUCUUAAAGCUCUGUGUAUUUUUCAAUGGCAAGUAUACCUUUUUCAUCCAUCAUUUUGGGUACUACAUCACCCUUGUGGACACCGUGCAUUGCUGUUCUGUGUUUGCUCAAUUCCCUAGAAGGAAGAAACUUUUAAGCUUCAACGCAACCAGUCUCCACCCCGAUUUUAGAUCCUGCAGUCUGGUGGAAUUUGGUACUUCAACCGUGGUCGAAGAGAUAGAGAUUUUGAGGUUUAAGGAAAACAAAUCCUAGGAAAUGGAUUGGUUAUCAGAGGUGAUUCGUCCCUAGCUGCCGUCCAGAAGAUAAUUCUUUCUGCAUGGUCAUCUGAUCAGAUUUAGUCAAUCACAGCAUUUAAUUUAUCCAAGCCUUUUUUAUAAUUUUACUUAUUUGAGGCUGUACAGCAUAUAUAAGUUGCCAUUGCCCAUCCUGGAAAUUGUUAUUUUUGUUAGUUUUGCUUUUUGUCUUUCUUUUUGUGUUUAAAUCGCUUUGUUUUGGCCCUUG